ACCUCACCUCUCUCCUUCCCUCUCUCUCUCUUUCCAUCUUGGUGCAGAGGGAGUACUCGACCGGCCAGGCAGACUCCAAGAAGCAACAGACACACUCCAUACUGCACGAACGAGUCUCCACAAAUUGAAAACGUCAAUUUUUUUUAAAUUGGAGUACCCAGGUAGAUACCGUACGAUUCAGCAAGUCACGUUCAUCAUCAUCAUCACCAUCAUCUACCCUUAUCAUCCUCAACAAAAUCCUCUGUGAUUCUCGGGGAAGACUUUCCAAAGCUUGGUGUUGACACACCUGACUCAGCAUGUACCUGGAGAACAAGAGCACCCUGGAGAUGUCCCAGCCUUCCAGCCAGGCCCACCAGGGGCGGGCGGCCCUGCGGUCGGUGGAGGCCGUGGCGGGGAACUUUGGCGAGCUGCGUCUGCUCCAGGGCAUGUCAGGGCGAAGGGAGGCCCAGAAACUCCAGCAGCAGGCGGCCACGGGCCCACCCCCCCGGCACUGCAUCAUCCACACUGAGGGCUUUCAUUCGGACGACGGGCACAACAUCAGCAUGGUGAAUCUCCUCAAGGGGAAAGGGAGCCAGACCAACUACACAGAGAGAUCUCCCCUGCUGUGCUUCACUCACGAGGACAGGACCUUGCAGGACCCAGGGUGUGGGUGCGGGGGUGGAGACGAGCCAUGGGACUGCAGCGCUACGGAGCUGGAGAGGAGGUGCCGUCUGGGGAGCGAGGUCAACAGCCUGUCCCUGUCGCGGUCUUCCAACGCGGAGAAGGGCGACGCUCUGGAACACCUCAACUUCAAGCUCUCCAGUAACAUGAGAUGCUGCAUCAGGAACUCCAAGGUCGCCUGCAUCUUUACUUUAGUUGUCCUGUCUUCUUUGUUCUUCAGCAUGUACCCAGAUCGAGACAACCCCUGGAAGAUGCUGGCUGUGUCUUCCACAGAGAGCUUCUCAAUGAACCUGACAGAUUUCCGUGACAACGCCCUGCUAAAGCUGCAGGUGGGCGGGCCCUUUGUUGGAGGGAUGGUUGAUCUGACCAAUCAGGAGUACAUCCUGAUCCAGGUGGAGCAGAACGAGGAGGCGGGGCCUAGGAGGAGGCGGGCUCAGCAGGUGUUAUAUAACUGGACCAUACCCCUCCACUCUGAACGCAGCAACCAGAUACUCACAACCAGAACGUUUGAGAUGUUGAGCAGCGAGCCCAUCCUGAUCACCGUGCAGGCCUUCCUCCUGGACACCCAGGUGGUGCCUCUCUCCAUCACCCACCAGUCCCUCUUCGUUACCGUGGAAACCCAGGUGGUCAUUGCCGGGGCCAUCCUGGCGGGCGUCUACGUGCUCAUCAUCUUUGAGAUUGUUCACCGAACCUUGGCGGCCAUGUUGGGCUCCCUGGCUGCCCUUGCUGCCCUGGCCAUCAUCGGAGAUAGACCCAGCCUGAUGACAGUGGUGGAGUGGAUUGACUAUGAAACCCUGGCACUCCUGUUUGGGAUGAUGAUCCUGGUGGCCGUUUUUUCAGAUACAGGUUUCUUUGACUACUGUGCCGUGAAGGCGUACCAGCUGUCCAGAGGCAGGGUGUGGCCCAUGAUCAUGAUCCUGUGCCUCAUCGCUGCCAUCCUCUCCGCCUUCCUCGACAACGUCACCACCAUGAUGCUGUUCACCCCCGUCACCAUCAGGUUGUGCGAGGUGCUUAAUCUGGAUCCGAGACAUGUCCUGAUUGCUGAAGUAAUCUUCACCAACAUUGGAGGGGCGGCUACAGCUGUUGGAGAUCCACCCAACGUCAUUAUCGUAUCAAAUCAGGACCUGCGCAAAAACGGGAUCGAUUUCGCCGGUUUCACAGGUUACAUGUUUCUGGGAAUCUGCCUGGUCCUCCUAACCUCCUUCCCCUUCCUGAGAAUGCUCUACUGGAACAAGAAGCUCUACAACAAAGAAUCCAGUGAAAUUGUGGAGCUCAAACAUGAGAUCCGUGUGUGGCGUGCCACGGCCCAGCGCAUCAACCCCGCCAGCCGGGAGGAGACGGCCGUCAAGUGCCUCCUGAUGCAGAAGGUGCUCAACCUGGAGAGCCUCCUACGCAAGACCAUGAAAACAUUCCAGAGGCAGAUAUCACAGGAGGAUCAAAACUGGGAGCAGAAUAUUCAGGAGCUGCAGAAAAAGCACAGAAUCACCGACAAAAUCCUCUUGGUCAAGUGUGUUGCUGUCCUGGGAGUGGUGAUCGUCAUGUUCUUCCUCAACUCCUUUGUUCCCAGCAUUCAUCUGGAUCUGGGGUGGAUCGCUAUCCUGGGGGCCCUGUGGCUGCUGGUGCUGGCAGACAUCCAGGACUUUGAGAUCAUCCUGCACAGAGUGGAGUGGGCCACGCUGCUGUUCUUCGCUGCUUUGUUCGUGCUCAUGGAGGCUCUGGCUCAGCUGCAGCUGAUCGACUACAUCGGGGAACAGACGGCCCUUCUGAUAAAAGCGGUUCCCGAGGACCAGCGCCUGGCCAUCGCCAUCAUCCUGGUCAUGUGGGUGUCCGCUCUGGCCUCGUCUCUCAUCGACAACAUCCCCUUCACCGCCACCAUGAUCCCUGUCCUCAUCAACCUGAGCCAGGACGCAGACGUCAACCUGCCUUUGAAGCCCCUGAUCUUCUCCCUGGCCAUGGGAGCCUGCCUAGGAGGAAACGGGACUCUGAUUGGUGCCUCGGCCAACGUGGUGUGCGCGGGGAUCGCCGAGCAGCACGGAUACGGCUUCUCCUUCAUGGAGUUCUUCAGGCUAGGAUUUCCCAUGAUGCUCAUGACCUGCACCAUAGGGAUGUGCUACCUGCUGGCCACACACAUUGGACUGGGCUGGAACCUCUAAAUCACACCUGCAGGCCAAAACCAAAAAGACUAUGUUUGGGUGCUAGGCCAACUCCUGUGUGUGUGCGUGUGUGUGAGGGACUGUGUUUCAGUUGAGUGAUGAAGUGAUUUGCAGUUGCUGCUCCUGUGGGAAGUGGCCGUAAUCCUGAGUGGAGGUCACAGGUCUGCUGCUGCAUCCCAGCGGGAGGUCAAACUCUCCAAAGUGGAGGAACCAUCCCCUUCACCAUCUACUCCAGGAGCCUGACGUCCGUCAACAGAACUCUCCACUGGUGCUACUUCCUGUUCCUGCUUCCAAGACUGAAAACUGCCGGUUAAAACUGACUUUCUGUUAUGACUGACCACUUCCUGUUAUGACAAACUACAUCCUGUUAUGACUGACCGCAGAGAGAACUGGGGGGGGUGAUUAUUAUUUUGGAGAUUCCUAAAGUCUGUUUACAUAAUUCAUCACAUCUAAAUAAUCAUAACUUCAAAACUGUUCACAACAACCAUCGAACUUGUGUUUUUAACACUGAAGAACAUGAUUAGUCUGCCAUUAGAAUACCAUCUGCAUAUAAUAAAAGCUUCAUUACUGAGUGAAUUAUGACAUGCAGAUGCCCUGAUAUCUAACAAAAGGGAUUUUACUACAGCAUGUGGAGCCUAAUAAGUAUUUAUUGUUUGCCAGUUACCCCAAUUAGCUGUCAAUCAAAUGAGAAAAUAUUAAACUCUGAUUGAUGUGAAUAGAAAUCUAUAUGAACAAAUUUUUUAAAAUGAUAUGUACUGUAUAUUAUCUUAUCUAAACAUAUUUAAGUUAAAUGAUUUAACGUCCUUAGUCUCAUUAUGUAGCCUGCUAACUGUUUAACAACAUAAUAAGAUGGUGUCUGUACCUUGAAUGACCUACAGUACAUUGCACAGACUCCGUAAGUAUAGUAAGUGACCAUAGCGUAGUAUAACACUAUAAUCUAAUGUUGCCUUCUCAUUUUAUAAAUAACUUGGUUUCAGUUCACAAAGAAAGCUGCCUCUGUGUCCACAGUGAUAGCUAUGUAACAGCGAUGAUCAACACGAAACAAUAAAGACUU